AUGUUCCUCCUACCAACCAUCCUCCUUGCGCUUGCAACUCUCGCCACAUCAUCCCUCCAAAUUGUCCCCGGCGCAUCCAUCACCGCAACCGGCACAAACGCACACCUACAAGCGCACGGCGGCUCCAUCGUCUACACAGGGGGCCUCUACUAUCUGAUCGGCGAGAACAAACUAAACGGCUCGGCCUUCCAGAGCAUAAACUGCUACUCGUCGCCUGAUCUGGUGGAUUGGGCGUUUGUGGGUGAGUUGUUGAGUGUGGGGGACAAUGGGGGGGAUUUGGGGAGCGGGAGGGUGGUGGAGAGACCGCAUGUGCUUUGGAAUGAGGGGGCGGGAAAGUGGGUUAUGAGAGAGAGAGGUGAGUGUGGGGUGGAGAUACGGAUCGGGGAUGUGGAGAGCUGGACGGGACUGGGCUGA